UUGUUUUUAGAAGUGGCCUCAACCUUCACUUGUUCUCCAGCCGAGGCGUGCAGAAUAGGGCCGCACGAAGCCAAGAAACUCAGUCUAACCUGGAAGCCAAUUUGUAUGCCAGAACUGGACGUAAUUGAGUCGCCCGAGGAGACUGCUUAUUUUGAGCUCAUGUUUAUUAACUCAUCAGAUUCAGACACUGAAGCGACUACAGAAGCGCACCCACCAAUCCGGAUUCAGGCAGUAGGCCGCAAACAGAAUCUUUCUGUUUGGGUUCAGAAUAACGAGAUCGACAUGGGUAUCUGUUGGUACGACCGAUUAUACCAGGACAUCAUUGUCAUCCAAAAUAGAUCUAAUAGUGCAGUGAAGGUGCAAGUCGAUACUCCGUUUCCCCUGAAGGAUCAUCUUCAAGUUAUGCCAAAAGUUGGCUAUGUUCAGGUGGGUGGCUAUCUUGGCUAUCGGUCCACUUCAUUAUUUACUCUGCCCCAAUACCCAGCACAACUCUUAAAAUCGUACCUCCAAUAUCAUGCUUUAGUAAGCGGAGCAAUAUAG